AUGGCUUCGGCACCUCCAACGGUAUUGGCACCAAGAGAAGCAUCUCAAGGAGACCGUCUAAUUCCCACAUCUUCGCCAAAUCCCGUUCUUACUCCGCCUUCACGCCGGUUCCCUCCGCCUUCACCGAAUCCUGUCCUUUUAGAGGCCGAAUCACAAUGGUUAUUCAGCGAGGAAGAGCUGUUGCGCACCCCAUCGGCUCUCGAUGGUAUGGCGCCCGAGAAAGAACGAGAAAACCGAGGCAAAGGGGUCAAUUUCAUAACUCAGGUCGGCAUUAUGUUAAGGUUACCACAGCUUACCUUGGCGUCGGCGAGUGUCUUUCUCCACCGGUUUUUCAUGAGACACUCAAUGGUAGACACACCAGAGAGGCCAGGGAUGCAUUACUAUGCCAUUGCAGCGACUGCCAUCUUUUUGGCAACCAAAGUCGAAGAGAAUUGUCGUAAGAUGAGAGAUCUCAUCAUUGCCUGCUGCCGAGUAGCGCAGAAGAAUCCCAAUCUCGUCAUCGACGAGCAGUCCAAAGAAUAUUGGAGAUGGCGAGACACUAUCCUCCACAACGAAGAUAUCCUUCUUGAAGCAAUAUGCUUUGACCUCUCUCUCGAGCCGCCCUAUAAAACACUCUACGAUUUUCUCGUGUUCUUUGGUCAGGAACACAAUAAAAAGCUCCGCAACGCCGCCUGGGCAUUUGUCAACGACAGCAACCUGACUAUGCUGUGCGUGCUUUUCCCAUCAAGAACCAUCGCUGCAGCUGCAAUCUACUGCGCAGCCAAAUAUUGCGAAGUCGAUUUUCCCGACUUCGACGGCAGACCGUGGUGGGAUAUGAUGGGUGUCGACCUAAAGGACGUCCGAAAGGCGUGCAACUACAUGGCCUCCAUCUACGAGAACGUGCCCAUGAAACAUUCCGAAAACAUCUACAGCCGCACCCCCGAAGACGGCGACCCGUUAUUUGCCCGAACUCGCGCUCGAGGUCCCGAGACUCCCGAAACUCCUUGUGCUCGACCGCCUCCACGAGAGCGGCAAGGGUCAGUAGCUUCUGUGACUGGCAGCGAGAAAAGCGCGGGUAAACGGACCCAUGAUGCGAGCGCUAGCGCUGCAGGUACAGAUGCCCAAGCGCCAGAUCGCAACGGAACUGGCCAGAGAAAUGGUACAGGCGCAACAACGUCUACUUUCGAAAAGACGCACCACCAUACCGGAGAGAAGCGCGAGCUGGAAUCGGCAGAUCACCAAGGCCAACGUGAAGCCAAACGAGCAAAAACCGAUCACUUGGACGACAGAAACACGUCGCGACAUGUCCAGUCAAAUGGUACUACCCCGUCAACUGCAAAAGAACAUCCCGCCAACAAGCCAUCUCAGCCUCAGGCUCAACCAGACUCUUCUAAGCCACAGGCAACGGCAGCAGACAGCCAAAGGAUACAGCAAGCUGAUAUACCACCUGAUUCGAAAGAAGAUCAAUUAAGCGAAGAAGGCGAAGUCCUUGAAGAAUGA